AUGUAUGAGUAUCAAAGCGAGGGUAUUGUGUCGGAGGAAGGUGCCAAUCCGUUCCUCGAGCACCUUCCCUUUGAUACGCCCGUCUACAGUUACGAUCGACAGUGCGCUAUAGAGAGUCUCUUCCCUCCAUGUUCAGGUUCAGUCGAGGAUCGCUUCGUCGUUUUGAAAAAUUUCCCUCCAGACGCAUUCUCCCAGCACGAAGAAUUACCGCGGCUUUGCGAUUAUUCGCCAUUAUUUCGGAUCCUUAUCAUCAAAAUGCCGGGUGGACCACAUGAAGACGCGGCCCUCCAAUUUAACUACUUGAUUAUGACACUCGCCGAGAAUAUGAGCGUCCGCAGACUGGUCAGGCCGUGGGGAUCCACCAGAGUCGAUACCCCGGACCGGCGAAAACAGGCAGACAGCGGAUGGGGGCCAAGAGGGCCACCGAGACAAUUCCCAACCGUAGCCCUCGAAGUUGGCUUCACCGAGACCACAGCAAAAUUAGAGAACGAUAUCGCCUGGUGGAUCAACGGGUCAGAUGGUGAUGUGACAAUGGGAAUCACUGUCGAUAUCAAAGGUUCGGGCUCUAUUGAAAUCAAAACCUGGACCCCAGGUUCUGAGCCGCCAUCCCACCCGAACUACACCACAGCAAGCGGUCGCCAUGUGGUCGACCAAGGUACUUAUGAUCCGCCUCCACCUCGAGUCGCCGAGAGGGUCCUCCUUAAGAGGGGGCGUAAUGGCGCUCCUUCUACAACGGAAGGGAACGGUAUAACCAUACCAUUCCGUGAUUUGCUGUUGUCCGAACCAGGACAAGGCGAGAGCGAUUUCGUCCUGACCUCCCAAAUGUUACUUGAAGAGGUGGGAGAACCCGUUUGGGAUACAAUGGACCAGGUCGAGCGGACCAAGGCCUCGAAGAGAAGUUAG